CAAUCACAAUGGGGAUUUUCUUCUGCCCCCGACUCCGGGGCCACUGGAAGAAACCAGACCCGCCAGGAACGGGUCCCUCGUACCCACUGCAUCCAGUGACCUCGCCUCCAGAUGGAGUUGUGGGAAGUGGUACUGGCAGCGCUCCAUUUGCCUCCAGGGUAGAUGCCCUCCGCUUGUCCUCCACUGGAACCUCCGCGGGCGGCUUGUCGGAAAAAUUACGCAAGCGAUUUUCGAGAGAACAUAAGAAACUCCAUGGCGCUUCAAUCAGGGCCGAGGGAAGAUCCGGUUCGUCUACCUUGCAUGGCCCAGCGAGAUUUCCCAGUGAUCGGCUGGACAACUCUUCCGUUGGGUUAGGAGGCAGUUUGUUGAGCGAGAGGGGCUAUGACAGUGACGCUCAGUUUAUCAGUACCCCAAAGCAAAUCAACCACCAGCCAGAAUGCUUCGUUGCCGAACCAGCAUCGCUGCCGAAGCGGGGAAAGGGAAGGGAAGGCUCUCCUGCCGCCAGCCAGGCAUCUGAUGUUUCGAAGGGGGUCCCAGUGAGGGCACCAGGUUUUGAUCCAAAUAUACUGGAAGGGACACGGAAUCCUUGGUCCUCCAUGGACCAGGCAAUCUGGAACGUCCAUCCUACAGCGAAUCCUCCUCCCUUUUCUCGUGUCGCAAGCAGCGCCAAGCGUCGGGUACAAGCUGUACAGCCUUAUCAUGCUGGCUUCUGUUCGCCGAAGUCGACAGAAUACGCUUUAUAUGACCAGCAGGACCGUUAUGGUGCACCACCACGGACUGGGACUCCGAAGCUUUCGAACGCCCUAUAUAGCUCUUCAUCGACUCCAGGAUAUCAUGAAUAUGGCUCUAAAAUUCCAGGAUAUACCUCUCCAGCCCCAUCGCAUUAUACCACAUCUGUAGAUUCGCUUGCUGGGUCCUCGGCAGGGCUUUCAGUUCGGACAAGAAGACGGCAAGUUCCACAAACUGCAACCGGCAAUGGCUCCGUUCAUCUGGAGGAUAUGGACAUUCAUACAAUGUUGGCGUCUCGAACAACCUCUCCUCGAAUUCUGUCAGGGAAACAAUCCUUGGAAGCGAAUCCAUGGGCUAGUGAUGUCAGGUUGCGGAAAUCACCGCAACCAGCUUUUGAUAGUAACUCGGCGAUGAGCAACGGCAAGGUGAUGGACGUGGCUGAACCGACAUACAGGUUCUUUCCACAAGAGACAUCUUCAUGCUAUUCACGGCCAGAGAGUCAGCAUUCGGCUGCUUCCAGAAUAUACUUGAGCAAGACAGAAACGGCGCACGGCUUGACUCCACUUGAGAGACAGUCUCAAAGAAGUCUUCAUCCUACUCGAGAUUGCACGCCUCGGCUACUGGAGAAUAUGUUAAAUGCUGAGUGUGCAACCUCUAGACCUGUCGAUGGCAGUGCUUCCAGUGUGCAAGCCCCGUGCAGUAAAUCAGUAGAACAGAUUCAUUCAGACCUUUCAGUCGCCUCGUCAAACAUCAGCUCCCCGAUCAACGGUGACGCUGACCUUGUAUCACCCCGGAAAGUGAGUGUGGGCUGGAUGUCUGGUGGCCGACGUCUUGGUUAUGGGUAUACUCUAGUUCCCGCAAGCGAAGAGAACGACAGGCCCUCGGGGAAACUGUUUGAUCUAUCUGCUACUCAUGAUCUGAGCCAGGAGGUACCAUCUGAAACCGAUACCCAGGCCGAGCAGGCAAAGCAGAUUGACAGCCAGCCAGAACAGCACGAUACAACGUCGCUGUCGAAGAAAGCGGGAAUGCCUAUCGAUCUGUCUUCCAUCAUUGGCCACAUCAACUUUCGUAGCUGGUCGGGGGCAACUAAUGCAACCGCAGGUGAUGAGUCUCCUAAGUCUUCCCUUCUGGGGAGAUUCUCAAAGAAAAAGAGGGAUCAUUCCGACCCGGAGCCACCAGCUAGUGCAAAGGACCCCUGGGACUUUUGCGCAUGGGUCAAUCCUAAUCAAUCUCUAAGUGAGCAACAGCCGCCGCUGGCAAGCCCGUCAGCAUCCAGUAUGAGCACAGAAGGACGAGGAGUAUCCUUAGGAAGAUGGUCGACCCUACGUCGCACCGGAAGUCUAUGGGCCAAGGGCCGUAGCAUGUCUGCGAUCGCGCGCGACCUUGAGGCCAAAGCAGCUGCGAAAUUGAAUGCGUCAACUGGGCGUUUUCCAGUGAUGCAGAAGAAGGAUGGGCGAGCGACGAGAUUCAAAGUCUUAGACCGUAAGCGUCGAGCCCAUACGGAAGAUGACGGUGAGCCGAUGGUACCUCUGAAGCAAUGGUCUGGCGAGAAGGACACAAUCCCUUGCCGGGAGGGAGACGGAGCAAGUAUUCCUAGUGUAGACCUAGCACGCAAGCAGUUUUCGGAACAGACUGGCUCGACUGUUGUCACUGACGGUUGGGAAAGCAAUUAUCAGGACUGCGAGGAGAUUUUUGCCGUCGGGGAGUGAGUACGCGAUGUGGAUGUCUGGGUCAAAAGUGCAUAAUGUGUUGGUAAAAUCGCAGCAUGGUG